AUAAACCUGAUCGACUUGAUAUCACCAAACCACCACAAUUUUUUUUUAUUCAUCCUUCAAGGUGAUGAACAUUUUACUCUCUUGUCCAGUUUCAAGUAGUUCCUACGACUAACAACAACGAUGGCUCUCACCUGUAUCGAUCCCGAAAAAUUAUACGCGAAAGAUAUUAACAUAAAGCGAGAAGAUGUCAAAAUCAUCCAAGAAUGGCUCAAAAAACAACCCCAUUUGCCGCCAGUAGAAGAAAUGCAAAUAAUCAUAUCCCUUCAUAGUUGCUACUAUCGCAUUGAAGCGGCCAAAUUAACCAUUGAUAAUUAUUUCACAAUUCGAAAUCUUUGUCCGGAGUUAUUCCAGGGUUUAGAUCGAGAAGUUUUUAAAAGGAUUUCCAAUUCUUUGUUUGCAUCUGUUCUCACAAAAAAAACUCCCGAAGGAUAUGCUGUCUUAAUGAUGAGACUUCUGGAUGAAAAACUUGAGGUUUUCAACUGCACCACUUUCCUCAAUUACAUUAUUAUGAUUGCGACUUUGUAUCUGCAUCAGAAUGGUUACCAAAACGGCGCUGUUGCAAUUUUCGAUAUGAAGGGUUUUGGCUUGGGACAUGCAACUAGAUUAAAUUUAAAUGUUAUCAAACAUGCAUUAAAUUUCAUUCAAGAUGGCCUACCAGUUAGGAUAAAAGGAGUGCAUGUUAUAAAUGCCCUUCCGCUAGCUGAUAAAAUUUUAGCCAUGUUGAAACCCUUUAUAAAAGGUGAUCUGUACAAUAUGAUCCAAUUCCAUCCUCCAGGAUCCGAAACCUUGUAUAAACAUGUACCUAAAGAAUGUUUACCGGAAGAAUACGGGGGCCAGCUUUCCUCAAUGCAAACCUUGAAUGAAGAGACAGUAAGCAACGUUUUUGAUCACUUUGACUUCUAUAAAUGGCACGAUCAGCAAAAAGUGGACGAAUCGAGAAGGAUUAGUAAAUCCAAAUUCGUAAAUGAGGGAUUUGGUGUUGAUGGAACAUUUAAAAAACUUGAAAUUGACUAAAUGGGAAUUUAUUGCGCAUAAAGUAAUUCCUUUAUGUUUCCAGUAAGUUUUAUUUUUGUUAGAUUGUAAAAUUUGAAAAAAAAAGACAUAAAGAAAAUUAGGUAAUAAUUAUGUUGUUGAGUUGUGUAAACUUGAAUUUUUAUAACAAAAACCUUGACUUAAUAAUAAAAACAUGUUUUAUGGGA